GCAAAGCCACAGGGAGCAAGUCCACCACCAGCCUCCAGCAGUCCAGCGAGUCGGGCGCGGGCGACCCUGGUUCCGUUGCGCCACUGUUGUUCGACCAGUCGGCCGGCGGCACGCGUAGUUUCCGGCGAUGGCGGCGGCGUCAGGGACGUACUCCCCGGCGGGGGCGGCCGGGGGGAAGCGGCGGGAGAGGAGGGAGGAGCUUCGGCGCCACCUCGCCGAGGACGCGGACUGGCCCCGCGCCGACGGGCGCUCCCUCCACGACUGCCGGCCCGCGUUUAUGCAAACAGGACCAACUACUGCUGCAUCAGGGUCUGCUUAUGCGGAAUUCGGGAAGACAAAGGUCAUUGUAUCGGUGUUUGGGCCAAGAGAAAGUAAGAAAGCAAUGAUGUACAGCGAUGUUGGUAGGCUCAACUGCAAUGUGAGCUAUACAACAUUUGCCACUCCAGUGCGUGGACAGGGAUUGGACAACAAAGAGUACUCAUCAAUGCUUCAUAAAGCUUUGGAAGGCGCAGUGAUGCUACACACUUUUCCAAAGACCACAGUUGAUGUUUUUGCUUUGGUUCUCGAGUCUGGUGGCAGUGAUCUUCCCAUCAUUAUAUCAUGCGCUAGUCUUGCACUGGCAGAUGCUGGAAUCAUGAUGUAUGACCUUGUUACAUCUGUAUCCGUGUCCUGUUCCGGAAAGAACAUCAUCAUCGAUCCAACCUCAGAUGAGGAAGCAUGGCAAGAUGGAAGCCUUAUGGUAGCUUUUAUGCCAGCCCGCAAGGAGAUCACACAACUUGCGCUCACUGGAGAGUGGUCUGAUGGCAAAAUCACCAAUGCAGUGGAGCUCUGUAUGGAUGCCUGCAGUAAGCUUGGCGACAUACUGCGGGACCGAUUGAAAGAUACCGCCACCUUGACGAGUGAAUGACAUUGCAGAGGCAACACUUGUAACAGCAGAUAUCCUUAGCUGUAGAAAUUUUGUAGGCAAUGGAGGCUGGUAAGCCUGAUGUUUGAGUGAGCAUUCAUGGUUACGGUGAUUAUUUCCUUCGUGGCAAAAGAGUGAAUGUUCAAGCGGGGAACAAGUCGUAGGGUGGUGUGUCUGUGUUAUGAAAUGUACUCCUGACCCUUUAGCUUCAUGUAGCAUCUGCAUCUUUCUUUAUCUAUGUACUGUAAGAGUAAGACUUGCUCUAUCUACUACGUCCUGGAUCCUUAGGACAUUUCCCUUUA